CCCACCACGAAAGCACCGAACAGUUCAAGGCCACGUUAUUGUCUACUACAAGACCUCCAUAUUCAUACCUUGGAUCGUAGAACUUUGGUUCCGCAGUUCAGAGCGCACAGCGAGACUUCAACUACCAAACCCGUCCAGCUUUGUCCCUCUGUAUAUAUACUAUCCCUUGAGGAAAAUGUCCAUUUCGAACGAAGCUCUCCAAAAGCUCGUGCAGGAGAUCGAGACGCAGGCCAUUCAGGCACAACAGCAGAUCAAUGUCGUCAAGUCACAAAUAGCAGUGAAGCAGCGCGACAUGCGACUCCUGCAGCUGACCUCGAGCGAGGUGUCUACGCUACCAGAAAAUACAAAUAUAUACGAGGGGGUUGGCAAGAUGUUCGUUUUUAGCCCUACGAGCGAGGUUGAUAAAAGAUUGACAUCGGAAACUGCCGGGCUCAAGACCGACGUCGAGUCACUGAACAAGAAACUACACUACCUCGAGACAACAUACAAAAAUAGCCGUGAACAUAUGGAGCAGAUCUUCAAGAGCGGGGGCCGCGCAUAAGAAGGUCCAAACAAAAACAGAGAGCUCGCGCGGGAUGGAGAGACUCAAGCGCAGUGUGAGAAGUGCAGCCAAUAUCCUCUUGUUAGUAAAAUGAGAGGAGGGCGUGUUGUUGGAGUGUCGCUAUUGUUGCCGUUUGCGCGAGUCAGGAGGGUGCGGGAGGAUACGCUCGCUGGGCGCGUAGUCUCUACUAUCAAGACAUCGGACGGCUCAACUUUCCCAGAUGGAAAAUGAAGAGGUCGAGCGCCGCAUAUGAAGGGCCUCUAGGCGCUUGUCGGGGCGCUUCGCCAGGCGCGGACUAUUGCGCUUAAUCCUCUCAAACAUACUUUGGCGGCCAAACUAAGGUUACUUGUCAUGGCCGCAUGGCAUACCCGAAACACACUUUGUUUUAUAGCGCAGUAUUAGAUCAGGUCCAGACACGUUUCUGUGGCCUGUUGUGGAUUCAGAUAUUGUGGAGUUAAACACAGCCCUACAGUUUACAGAAACACGCUCCUUCACCUGCCAAAAAUGGGAAUCAAAUCGAAUCUGAAUAAUUCAAAGCUAAGGAAACAAAGCUGUGCAAAGCAUAUAUACCGGCUACUUUCAUGGUAUUCGGACGGCAAUGCACGAGAAGGCAAAAUGCGUUUCACAGUUAUUAUGACAUUGCUUUCGUGGACCCUGGCACGGCUGACAUGCAUGAUCCUUCUCGCACUCACUCAGCUUCCACAAGUGACAUGCACACAUGCCCUACAUUGAUUACUCUGUUAUCGUUACAAAUAGCCUCCGAGUCUCGUUCGCGAUGACUUAUUUCCCUACUCUCUCCACAUGACAAGUUCGCUCGGAUUCAAGGCGAUCAUUGUCAAAGGCGCGCGGAUACUCAGAUGAAACUUGUCGAGACGCGCGGGUCGACCAGACGUUUCAGCGAUGGCUGGAAUAUGCCAAAUGCUUGGUGUUGCAACCCCGCUCUGGCCAAAAUUACUCUGUUGAUCAUCCUUGCGAGUCGCUGUCCGCUAAGCUCCACCUUGUGGUGUGUUUCUUGUGCCGCUGAGCCCCCCCAUGCAUGUGCUGCAGCCUAACACACCGAAAUGGUCUACUUGGUACUAAACUUGAACAUUUUCAGCCCCACGGAUCCCAUGGAUUCGUCGUGUGCCCAAUCAUGAUUGUGAUGUCGCGAUAGCCCAUGCGGGCCCUUCCUACGCCAUGCACGCGCUGAUACAAUGGACUUGAGGCCACACACUUCCCGACCACCCCGCCCCGCCCCUCACCUUCAGCCCAAUUCCCAGUCUUGAGCACACUUUCUUCGUCU